CAGCGACAGUUGAGAAAUACUUGAAUGCUAGAUCCUUGUCUAAAAAGAAAUUAACAUGGCCAAAGGACUUAAACGAAAGAGACAGUCACCGCAGAUUGGGCCUUCAAAGAAACGUAAAUUAGAAAACAGUACAAGUGAUGUUGGGAAAAAACUGGUAGUGAGUAGAAGGUUAAGAAACAAGAAACCCAAGACUAUCCCAAGUACACUUACUAAAAUUAGUGACAAUAAAGUGCAAACUCGCCAAAGCAUAAAAUUACUUACGCCAGUGAAGCCAGAUUUAGCAACUCCAGCCAAAGCAAAUGUGGUUAAGCAUAGCAAAUCACAAAAUAAGGAAGUCAAAAAUGUCAAGAAAAGUCAAAGGAAUAUCCAAAAGAAAGUGAAUAAGAAAGUCAAUUUAGAGUCGUUAAGAAAGGAGUUAAUGGAGGCUGUGGAAAGUGGCAACACAUUGGUUGUGACAAGAUUGCUGAAUGAUAACCAGACUGCUAAAUUUUACACACCCAACUUGUUGCACGAGGCUUUGGUUACUGCAUCACGGUUAGGUCACAUUUCUCUUGUAUUUCUUCUUGUGGAAGCAGGAGCCAGUGUUAAUAAAAAGCACAGCACCUAUGGGUCUCCCUUGUUAGCUGCUGUUGAGCACGGUUACAUUGAUGUGGCCAAAAUUCUUUUAAAGAAUGGGGCUGGUGUGGGCAUGAAAUCCAAAAAUGGUGACACAGCUUUAAUGUUAGCUGUCAAGAAAGGAUACUCAACUUGGAUUGUGAAAUAUUUAAUUUCAUAUGGUGCUGUUGUCAAUGAGAAAAACAAACAAGGCAAAACUCCAGCCAUGAUCAGUAUUGAGAAGUGUGACUUCAAUACUCUGAUGAUUUUAAUCAAUAGUGGAGCUGACUUGGAGAUGAAAGAUAACAAAGGCAAGUCGGCAUUAAUGUAUGCAUCAGAAAACAAAUGUCUAGACUUUGUCAAACUGUUGUCAGAGUCCAGAUUUCAUCCCUCUUCAAUGUUGAAAAAAGUCAUUGAAAAAAAUUCUGUCCCAAUGUUGAAGCACCUGUUAAGAUGUAAUUUUAUUCACAUAGACUGCAUGGAGAUUGAUGGUGAAACUGUUCUCAUCGCAGCUUUAAAGAAAGGUCGCUUGAAUUCAUGGCAACCACAGUAUGUAGCAAGUUAUGAGAUGAUACAGUUAAUUGUGGAAAAUGUUCAUGAGAUAAAUACCAAAGGUUCAAAUGGAAUUCGCCCGCUGGCUUUAGCCGCUGCAUCAGGGCGGUGCAAUAUUGUCCAGCUGUUGUUGGACAAUGGCGCUGAUGUAAAUGGGAGAGACAAAUAUGACAAGAUGACUGCCCUCAUGCACGCUGCAAAAUAUGGCCACAAAGAUGUCAUAAAGCUUUUAAUGAAAAAUAAAGCCGCUAUAAAUUUAAGUGGAGACUAUGAAAACUCAGCUCUAACCUAUGCGCUAGAAGGGGGUCACGUGCCAAGUGCUGUUUUGCUUCUGAGCUUAGGGGCAACAAUAAAUGCAAGAAGGGAUUUCUCUGUGGCUGCUGGUAAAGACCGUUUCCAUUCUGUCAAACUGCUGUUGCAGCAUAUUGAUAUCUCUCAGGUGGAUGUCAGUGUUCUCUCUACAGCAGUUCAAGGGUCAAGUUACAAGACUACUGAGCUGUUAAUUGACAGUGGGAUGGAUGUGAAUGCCUUAACCUUUACAGGUGAAACUUUGCUCAUGGAAGCUUCUUCUAAAGAAAUGGUGGAAUUACUACUUAGAAAAGGUGCUCUUGUAAGCAAAAAGGGUCUAGGAGACCAGACAGCUUUAAUUAAGUUUUCUGAUGGAUUGUCAUAUGAUGCUAAUGAAGAAGAGCAGGAUAAAAUCAUAGAGAUUUUGUUAAAACACAAUGCAGAUCCUAAUGAAGCGAAUUCUGAAGGUUAUACUCCUCUUAUUAAGGCGGCACUACAUGACAGGGAGGGCUGUGCCAAGCUGCUGUUGGAAGCAGGAGCUGAUGUGAACAGGGCAACUUCCCGGGGUCACACAGCAAUGAUGUUAGCUGCACAGAGAGGCAGCACCAACAUCCUAAAGCUGCUUCUGGAGAAAGGUGCCUGCAUCAAUGUACAAGCUAAGGAUGGGCAAACUGCUCUUAUGUUUGCUGCCAUGAAUGGAUACACUGAUUCUGCGCAACUCUUGCUCGAUGCUGGUGCUGAUGUCAAUGUUGAAGAUAACGACGGCAACACCGCCCUACUGUUAUCCACUGAAGAAGAAGUGGUGAAGCAGCUGCUGACUGCGGGCGCUGAUGUAAAUAAACAAAACAAAAAAGGUCUUUCAUCCCUGAUGUAUGCUGCCAGGUCCAGGCGUCUCUCACUCCUGUGGAUCCUGGUGCAGGCUGGGGCAGAUGUUUGUGCCUUUGAUAGUGAUAAGAAAGAAUCUGCCCUCUCCAUUGUCUUGCAGUCCAGUGUGUUGAACGAAGAAGAAUUCAGUUGUAUUGAAACACUGGUGACAGCAGGAGCUGCCAAGGUGUACUCUUCCCACUGUGAUGUCACCCUGGCCAGAAUGAUCAUACACAACAAAAGAAAGAUUGUCAGUCUGUUUUUAACCAAUGGUGGGGCUCCUUCUUCAGUAUGUUUGGAUUGUUUAAGGGACUAUCACUGUUUCACUAAAUCAUUUUGUGACAGGCUUUAUUCUCUGUUACUGUCUCCUUUAGAUAUUGCUCUCAUCUGUGGCAACAUAGACAUUUCUAAUUAUCUGGUCAACAACUGGUUUUUAGUAGAAUCCGAUCUGACACAGGAUGCGGUUUUUAGAGAUAUCUUGGUCGAAUUAAAUAGAGACAACAGUCUUCUUUUCCUAGAUUCAUUUUUAGCUCAGCCAUUUCCAUUGUACAAACUAGCAUUUGUGACUGUUUCUGAUGCUUUGAAAACUGGGCCGGAUAGAGAAAAUAGAAUCAAAGGCACUAAGCUACCAAGUUUGCUUCAAAACAAGCUGAGCUUUAAGUCUGAGACAGAGAAGUUGGAAGACUGUCCGGCUGAUGCCUUUGGACAAAUGCUUCGUGUUUCAAACUUAAUUCCUUACAGAGAUAGCUACAGCCUGUCACCAAGUAAUGAUAUCUUUUCUACAUCUGACUCAGAUGAUUGGUUCUAGUUAAUGCUCCAUUCUCCAGCUGCUGUUAAUGUAAGCCUCAUUUUUCACUUUGUACAAUUGAUGAAUAUGAAUUGCUCAGGGAUUUUGACAUCACUGUAAAAUUUAAAAGUUUCUUAAAAUAGCUUACAGCAAUUUCAUUUUUUUAAUUAACUCCACACAUAAUUCAUCACUGAGCAUUAACCUUACUAGACUGAGAGUCUUAACCAUUACUGCUGAUCUUCUACUUUUUUGUGUGGGAAACAAAUUUAAAUUGGACCCAGAGUUUCAUUUUCUAAUAAUGUACUAUUGUGAAUUUGUGUGCAUACAAUGCAAAUCACAUUAUCUGGUAAUCUGUGCAUGAGCCUGUAACUUGUGUACUUAUUAUUAUAUUAACCUCAUUUAAAAUAAAUAUAUCUAGAUUCAUGCAACUGUGGUAUAAAGAAAAAAAUCAGCUUAUCCUAGCUUAUCAGCUCAGUGACUAGUAAAUAGAUUGUUUACAGGCAAAUAUAUUAUUUGGGUGUACACAGUUUUACUCUGAUGUAAAAUGUUUGACUUGUAUCCAAAACAUUGGUAUAACAUGGCAUUAUAGUAGCUUCAAGUCGUUCUGUGUUCCGUGCUAAUUUCUGCUUUGUGUUGCUGCAAAAGUUAUCAAAAACCAUAAAAAGACAAAACUUCACUCUUCACUGUGGUUGAAUAUAUUUCUUUCAUAAGUUCAUUUAAGUUUUAUUCUUGUCAAGCUGAAUAAUGUUUAAGAAUCAUAAGGCAAAAAUUGAAUUUUAUUUUGAAUUCACAUAAGAUUGUGGUUAAUUAAGUUGUUUUGCAUUUAAAAAGGUGUAAUUUAUUAAGUAAAUAUAAAAACACAUUUUAGUAAUUUUCAAGUAUUUUUUGAGUCAGUUUCCCUUCAGUAGUUAAGGUUUCUAAAAAUGUUAUUAUUUAAAAGAAUACAACAUCAUGUAUACUUAGACUACAAUUCUUACCAGGAUAGAAAACUUUUGUGAAAAGCUGAAGAAGAAAAUGUUUUUCUUUACAGUUAACAAUAGCUUAUGCUUUCUUCUUAUUUAUCAACUUGUAAAUACAAAAAAAGUGCUGUUUUUUUAUUUACAUAUCAGUUGUUUUUCUUGUUAAGUGGUUUUUUUCUGCUGAAAAUAAUUAAUCAAGUUUACAACUAAAUUAAAACCAUUCUACAAAAAUUAUUUGAAAUAAGUUGGGUUAUGUUGUAUUGCUUCAUAAAAAUUGUCUCACUAAUUUAAAAAAGGGCCUUAGAUUUUAUCUGGCUUAUUAUUAUUAUAAUUUAAAAUUAUAGUUCUAUUUAGAUUUGAGAAAAAAA